AUGGUACCUAGACUAAUGUCAUUCAUUCUGUUACUUUAUGUAGCAGCCCAUGAAAUCUCAGGAUCCUAUAUUGAUAACUUACUCUUGGACAACAGAACUUGCAACUACAAAAUCUACGAACUGGAUGAGCACAAAAUGAUUCAAGUUAAGUGGGACGGGCUUAAACUUCCAUCUUUUUGUAAAAUGUCCUUUAUCGGUAGCAGUGACUCCCAUGUUUUAAACAGAUAUGAAAUCUGUGUUGAAGCGAAGACGUAUGCUAUUAACAGGUGUGAUUUCUCAAUGAAAUACUUCAAUGGAUUCAAGAUUGAACCAACGAAGGAAUACAGGUGCAAUGGCGGAUUACCUCCAAAAUUCUGUGCUGGCGAAAACAACUAUUUCGAAAUCCAAUUCGAAGCAGGCUCGUCCCCUACCUCUUCAUUGAUGCUGGAAAUUACUGCAAAGUUGACGUAUGAAGAAAACAAUACAUUAUUGUAUGUCGGUUUAGGAAUGGGUGCUGUUUCCUGCUUAGCAAUUGUGUGUGUGAUCCUGCUUCUGGUGUUUCGUAGGAAGAAACAACAAAGUAGCGAAGAUGUGGUCAUGCGGCCACCCACAACUUUACCGCAAAGACCAACCGUAAUGGCAUCUGCUCCACCUCCGCAACCAUACGGUCAACCUGUUCACGGUAUAUAUUCAACACCUAUGGCUCUGCCGACGUAUUCGGAGUCGCCCUAUGCAGAUCCCAAGUUUCCAGCAUCGCAAUAG